CGGCUUUUUUCGGGAUUUUCGUAGGUUGAAUCGGGUCGAAAUUUGUGUUGUUGGUGCUAUUAUUGUUAUUGCCUUUCUUUCCCCGCAAGUGCGCUGUUGGUUGUGAGCUAGUGUGCGUGAGAACAAUCGGUCCACACAAAAAGUGAUUUGGCGUCGCGUGUGACUGCGUGUGUUUGUGUUAUGCUAUGCUGAGCGCGGUGCGUGGCUUGUGACGAUAACGGCAAUUUAGCCCGGACUUUUACCCCGUUAACCCCCGACUUUUACCCACGAGUGAUCGUUGAUCGCCGGCACCAUGUUUGAUGUUUUCGGCUCCGUGAAGGGUCUGCUGAAGCUAGACCAAGUGUGCAUCGAUAACAACAUAUUCCGGCUGCACUACAAAGCCACGGUGGUCGUCCUGAUCGCCUUCUCGCUGCUGGUCACCUCGCGCCAGUACAUUGGCGAUCCGAUUGAUUGCAUCGUCGACGAGAUUCCGCUGAACGUGAUGGAUACCUAUUGCUGGAUUUACUCGACGUUCACCAUCCCGAACCGGUUGACCGGCAUCGCCGGCAAGGACGUCGUGCAAGCGGGCGUCGGGAGCCACGUCGAAGGCCACGACGAGGUGAAGUACCACAAGUACUACCAGUGGGUGUGCUUCGUGCUUUUCUUCCAGGCCAUGCUCUUCUACGUGCCGCGCUAUCUGUGGAAAACGUGGGAAGGUGGCCGCAUCAAGAUGCUGGUGCUCGACUUGAACAUGCCGAUCAUGAACGAGGAGGCGAAGGAGCGCAAGAAGAUCCUGGUCGACUACUUUGCGGACAACUUCAAGGGCCACAACUUCUACGCCUUCCGCUUCUUCUUCUGCGAGGCACUGAACUUUGUCAACGUACUCGGUCAGAUCUACUUCAUGGACUUUUUCCUGGACGGCGAGUUUUCGACGUACGGUAGCGAUGUGGUGCGCUUCACGGAGAUGGAACCGGAGGACCGCGGUGACCCGAUGGCGCGCGUCUUUCCGAAGGUCACCAAGUGCACUUUCCACAAGUACGGUCCGUCCGGAAGCGUGCAGAAGUUCGACGGGCUGUGUGUGCUGCCGCUGAACAUCGUCAACGAGAAAAUCUACGUGUUCCUGUGGUUCUGGUUUAUCCUGCUCACGAUCCUGACCGGCGUCUCGCUGAUCUAUCGCUUGGCCGUCAUCAUGAUGCCGCGGCUGCGGCUGCUGAUGCUGCGCGCCCGUUCCCGGCUGUCGGCCCACGAGGAUGUGGAGCUGAUAGCGUCCCGGUGUCAGCUGGGAGACUGGUUUAUUCUGUACCAGCUGGGCAAAAACAUCGAUCCCCUGAUCUACAAGGAGAUCAUCUUCGAUCUGGCGCAGAAGGUGGAGGGCAAGGAGAUUGUCUAAGACAUUCUUCCGUCCCCGCCCAACAAGCUGACGGGAGGAGGAACCGCAACGAAGUUCGCGAUCGUAUCGGAUUUCCGUGUGAAUCUUCCUCCAGUUUUCCUUCGCCACCCACCUUUUUAGCACCGACAAGCGCCGCGUAAAGCCAUCUCUGACCCCGCAUUUCCUGUGCCGCAGAAAACUGCACCCCGCGAGAACGUCUCAUAAGCUGACCACAUGAAGAAAAAACGAAAACGGAUGCCGAAUGAAUCAUUGAACCUGAAUUUGCUCCCUCUCUCUUGCCGUCGUCCAUUCUGGCCCGCCUGUCCCGCCACAACCCACAGACAGUGGGAGCAGAAGUGGAAAAUCGUCCGCGCAGAAGAAGCAGCAACGGUUGCGAUCCGCGCACAUGGAAGAUGUCGAAGAUCGUCCAACCGAGCCCAUUUCAGCGCAGGCUCGGAAGCAAGGAAUCAUCUUUACCAUCGCGGCUUGCUCUGCCCUCUAUCAUUCUCUCGUUCUGUCCUUCGUUCCCGCAGCACCAGCGCAGGAUGGGACUCGUCGCCCAGAUAAUCCAGAUCGAUCCAAACAAUCAAACCAAGAGCAAAGGUUCCAUGUGGUGCACCCAACCGAAAAGAGUGUGAGAGAGAGAGAGAGCGAACAAAUGAUCAAUGGGGUGGCACCGUUUUGCCGAGAAGAUCAACAUGUGCCUCAUCUGCAUCCAUCUUUCGUCGUAUUUUAGUGCGCUGCGCCGUCACCACAUCGAUCGCCGUAAAUCGGUUUUAGGAAGAAAGUAACCCACAACAGUCCUCCGGGGCGGAAACCGUUGUGUCCCAGAGAUGAGUCCCACAAGACACCAACACGCUGUACUGUUUUGAAAGUAACACAUUCCUACUGCAAACGUCACCAGACUGUAUCGACGAUGAUAGAUUUUUUCGCUAUUAGACUGUGUAUCGACGGACGGCCGACCGAUAAAUUUCUUGCUAAGGAUCGAGAAUAUGCGAAAAUCAUUUCUCCUUUUCGAAUAAGUCUUUACUGUAGAAUAAGUACUAUGCAAACGAAACGAUAGAAAACUUACUCUCGCAAAGUACUUUGCGCAAGCAUUGGCAAUUAUACCCCGUUCUAGUUGUAGUUCUCUUUUAUGCUGGAUUUCGUGAUACUGCCAUGAUGCCAUACGAAGAGCGCGGACCGGCGGCAGAGCGUGUUUUCCGAAAGGCCAAUGUGUUGUGCGUAGAGACUUUGUAAUUCGCUUCCGGUGGUGAUGCUUUCAGAAGCACUAGACUAACAGCAAGCCCCCAGAGACAGUUCAGGAGUCGCCUCUCGCGAAACGGAUCGUGUAACGCGCACUGGCAUAGAUUUAGUAGCCAUUCAAGCAUGCAUUCAACAAUAUUUAUAAGCGUGUGGUCAGAGCGCGGCAAAAUGGAAGGGAACUUCCUCCGUUGAUUCCGUUCCGAUAGAUGAGAACCAUGAUAGAUCUUUUCUUGUUUUAGUAUGUAGCAGCAUGUAUUCGGCGUGAAAUGUCAUUUUAAUUCAUUUUAUUUUAAUUUAACUCUCUCAAAUCGAACCGAAAUCCGCACAGGUGUUCCGGAUUUGUUUUAAUUGCGAUAAGACCACUCGAAGCGCACGAGUGUGUGUAACUGGCGAAUAUUUAUUGUUUAUCGAGGUUCGGCAUCAUUUCGGACAGUAGGGACAGAGUGCACAAUCUGUGGCCAAGCAUCUCGUUUUUGGCGUGCAACAUACUCUGUGUGAAAGGAAGAGAGGAGGCCUGCAUUCGAUUGGCAUUUAUUAUCCUAAUUAUCUCGAGUAUCAAAAGCAAUCCAGUAAGCAAAAGCAGAAAAAAAAUGUAAACCGCGUUUGGUCAUGACGUCCCACGACGCUUUUUUGAAAAUUGUGACCAGCUGGGGCCAGACGGGCCGAAGAAGUAAGGUACGAGUAAGGCACAAUACACAUCGGAGUGUAAUGCUAAAUUUUUUUAAGUACGACGACGAAGAGAGUACGAUGCGAGUUUCUUGUGAUAAACGUAUAAAUUGUAGAUUUUAAUAGGUCAGCCGGUUUCUACGCCUACGGUGCAUGCGCACCCACCCGUAGUGUAACCCUUUGCGAGCCAAAUUCUUCCUGAGAAAUCCACGCAAUUCCACUUAUACAUCGUCGACGAAUGGAUGGCUAGAAAUUGUAAGGCGCGCGCGUGCGGUCCACCGCGCUCAUUUUCGGAGUUAGGCUUUAACUUUUAAGUCCUGCGUCACAAAACGCGAUAACCACACGAUAUGCUUAGUUGUCCACCUCUUUCCAACCAGAUUCAAAGGUUUCAAUCAUCAAUGUAUCAAUCUGUUUUCCCCCGGAAGCAUUCCCGGAAUGUGGGCACUCCAAGCCCGGUACCGGGCACGUACGAAUAAUGCUCACAUAUCAAACCUCUGCACGCAGUGACGCGAGCGGGGAGAGAGCACCUAGAGAGCAACGAGACGGCGAAGAGAGUAGUGUGUGCCCGCGGCACAGGUGAAGAACUAGUAGUGGCCACCAACAAAGUGUGUAUACCUCACGAAGAGUUGCACAAAAAGCACAUUCGCCCCGACAGAGAUAUUCCAUAUUUUUUGAUAACAUUGCAUAUUACUGAACCCGAAUGGUAUUUUUGAGCGAUCUACAUUUUAUAUCUACCACUAUAGCCACGAAUCGAGAAUCUUGCACAACUUUUGACGUGUAACGCGGAACUGGUAACGAUAAAUCGUAAACAAGACAAUCAAACAAAGACGAAGAUGAUCUUAGGGAGGCGUCCGGUGUCAUUUACUAGGACUAGGCAGGUGUAGGACUCAUAGGCACUGUUCCGUGCGCGAACGGUUGCAACGGUAGAGGUGACUUUGAGUGAUCAAAAACGAAUCCAACCGUUCCGAACUACUACUACUACUACUACUCGUCUGUCACAGUGCCUUUGGAAUUGGAGAUAGAUUUUUGCUUAAAUAAAACUCACGUAUGCUAUUGCAAAAUACACAUUUUACCCUUG